GUUGGCAGCACAGCGGCUUGAAUGUUGUGGCGAUCGGCGAGGGACUGACGUGUACGAACGAUAUUUUUGUUUAUGGCUCGAUAGCAUUUGAAAUUUACGGAAACUUCCUGUAAAACCAAGACGCAAAAAUGUUUGCCAGUAUGUUUGACGAGGUGGCGCGUAUGAACAAGCGCCAGUUCCUCUACCAAGUACUGAGUUUCGGAAUGAUAGUUUCGUCGGCGCUUAUGAUAUGGAAAGGUCUUAUGGUUGUUACAGGCAGUGAAAGUCCUAUAGUAGUCGUACUAAGUGGGAGCAUGGAACCUGCAUUUCAUCGUGGCGACCUUCUGUUCCUGACCAAUUAUCAAGACGAACCUGUCCGUGUUGGCGAGAUCGUCGUGUUCAAGGUCGAGGGCCGUGACAUUCCAAUUGUUCAUCGUGUACUUAUUUUGCAUGAGAAAGAGAAUGGGACUGUAAAGUUUCUGACAAAAGGUGAUAACAAUAAUGUGAAUGACCGAGGGUUGUACGCCCGUGGGCAGAUGUGGCUGACCAAGAAGGACGUCGUCGGGCGGGCCCGUGGAUUCCUUCCGUAUGUCGGCAUGGUCACAAUAUACAUGAACGAAUACCCUAAAUUCAAGAUAGCUGUGCUGGCGUGUCUCGGACUGUAUGUGCUGGUACAUCGAGAAUAGUAGAGGGGUGUGGCGUGCGCGGCACUUCGUUCCGUGUGGCCUGCCGCCUGCACCGACUUCUCCUCACCACUGCAGCCCGUGCGCGAUGCUAUCGGACGCCGGCUUUCGAGCGACACCACCUGUGAUACGUUUCGCCUUCCCGAGAGUAAGGCGACGGGAUGUCACCGAGCACGUUUGCUCCAGUUGCUGGGGAGGUGGCCACAACAUGACAACUUGAACUUGUCACAUGAACACUUCGCAAGAAUGAGUCUGGCUUGUAUGUGUCUAUGUGUGUAUGUAACUCUGUGUUUGUUAAGGUGACCUUUUUUUAUGUAUGUAUGGGUGUAAUGUGUUGUGUUGUAGUUGCUAAUCUUACAGAGCUUCCCAUGUGCUUGGAGACUGCAGGGCUCUAGAUCUUGUGUAAAAAUGGGGGCCACAAAAUAAUUCCAUUUUAUGGUUUUUUCCCAGCAUUCUUGUUAAUUUGGGGCAGUAUCAUCAUAGAAUGUUACUGUGGUUGUUAUCAGGACCAGCUAAAAAUACACAUAUUUCUAGGAAGCUUAUUUAUUUAAAUGUGGCAAGGCAGAUCCAUACAUUUUCUAAGUGUAUGUGUGUCUUGGUUUUAUCAGAAUUGGAUCACGUUUCAAAAUUUUAUCUGCAUUGUGGUCUUUUGCUAUAGGAAAAUGAGCCAUUGUUUCUUACAAAGUGUUCAUACUUUGGUAGCUGAUAACUAGAGUGAAUUUGAAAAUUAAUUUGGGUACUAGUUAUUGUUCAUCCUUCUCUAUUAAAAUCUAAAUGCACCAUCUUUAAAGCUGAUGUAAGUCGUUGGUGCUACAAAUGAUUGUCGAUGCUGCGUUAGCCCUAAUAAUUGCCUUAUUAUUGUUAUUAUUAUUACUAUUAUGGUAAAAACUGUCAAAUGAUUGAUUGUGAGACAGAACAGUUGAAGUGUUAUUUGCAUCAUGAUGACUAAUAGCUAGUAUCCAGAGAGAUUUAUGUUUGGGCUUUAUAGAACCUCAGAUGGAAGUCAUUAUUUUAUUGACUUCUCCGAGAUAUUUCAGUUAGAAAAUUGUAUAAGGAAGUGUACCAAGUUUGCCAUUCUAUUUAUGGUGGUGCUGUCAUAAUGUGGGGAAUUGCCUUUACAGACUUGUUACGGAAAAUUCUUUGAACAGGUGAGGUGAAGCUCUUUAUAUGUGCAGUGUAAAUGUUUUCAUUCUUCUCUUGUGCAAUUUUGUGGCAGUCAGCAUUAUACAUGAGGUGAUCUUUAAAAACAUAUCUGUACAAUUUUAUAAAUUUUGCAGAUGCAGUUUGUUUUAAGUCAUUCCCAGGUGUUCAAAUGAGCUUCAUAUGCAUCAGAAAUGUAUAAAACUUUUUUUUUUAAUUUUUGCUGUGAAAUUGUUCAGUUGUUUGUAAUUUAUUCAUUGUAAGUGAAGGAAGGCUUUUUCUUUUUUUUCUGUUAUUGGUCACGUGUGUCAUCUUAUUUUUAAGGUGAAACAUUCAUGGGCAACAUUUCCUGUUUUACUGUGAUCAGUUCAUAAUGAGCAUCGGAAAAUUGUAAAUUUGAACGAAAGGAAAAGAGCAUUUAAAUGAAUUUCCAACUGUUGAAAAAUA